AUGAAAUUUGACAUUAUUUCACUUGCGGUUCUGCUGAAAUUGACUGUUAUAUUGGGGAUCCGUGCCUAUAAAGGGCUGGGCAAUCGGGCCUUCGGCACUCCAGGAAAAGUGCUGUCAGCUUCCAUAAUCACAUUAAAUAACAUCGGAGCCAUGGCCAGCUACCUAUUCAUUGUGAAGUCAGAGCUGCCGUUGAUAAUUGAACUCUUCCUGGGAACCACAUCUGACUCCCGAGAGUGCUAUCUGAAAGGGGAAUACCUGGUGAUUAUUGUCAGCCUGACAAUAAUCUUACCUCUUGCCCUCAUGCGGCAGCUUGGCUACAUUGGCUACACCAGUGGGUUCUCUUUGACUUGCAUGGUGUUCUUCCUCAUCUCUGUAAUCUACAAGAAGUUAACCAUUGGGUGUCCACUUAAUAACCAUGACCCGAGUCAAGCAUCAGGGGAUAUAAACAACGGCACCACGGAAGAUGACGUGUGCGGGGCCAAAUUGGUCACCCUUAACACAAGGACAGCAUAUACCGUCCCAAUUUUGGCGUUUGCCUUUGUCUGCCAGCCAGUAGUUCUGCCCAUCUACACAGAACUGCGGAAGGGCCACAUCAGCGCCGAGCCUGAUUUUUAUAUUACCUGGAUUAUUCUAUAUUAGAAUUGUCCCGGUGGAUCUGGAACCCUUGAAAUCCAAAACAAAGAUUCAGGCUGCCUGUUUUACAGGCUUAGGGUUCCUCCUCAUGGUGAUGAGUAUCUCUUUCAUCAUCAUGGAUUGGGUGUCUGCAGGAACCCAAGGCGCUGGUGGACAUUAAUUUUAAGGCAGGACAGC